AUGGAUCCCACGGAUUACUCGCAAGUUCCGACUCCGGACAAGUGCUACGUUGACUUCUGUCUCGUUCCUGUCGGCACCGGCUCGGUUUCGGUCGCGCAGGAGGUGGCCGAGGUGCAGAGGCUGCUCAAGGCCAGCGGGCUGGCCCACACGAUGCACUCGGCGGGCACAACCGUUGAGGGCAGCUGGGACGAGGUCAUGAAGGUCAUCGGACAGGCCCACACGGUGGUGCACCGGACUGGCGCGGUCCGCGUGCAGACGUCGAUGCGUGCCGGCACCAGGACCGACAAGGUUCAGACGGCUGAGCAGAAGGUCAAGCGGGUCGAGGAGAUCCUGGCCAAGGACGGCUCGUGA